AUGACGCUGGUUGGCAGACUCGGCGCAGACCCAGAACUCACAGACACGGGCAAAGGCCAAGUGAUCAAAUACGUCGUGGGCACCAGUUAUGGACCCAAGGAAAAUCGUCAAACAUCGUGGUUCCGCGUCGCCAGUUUUGCACCGGAGGGCUCACCCCAGCGAGAUCUGGUGAUGGGACUGACCAAAGGGACGCUGGUCUAUCUUGAAGGAGAUGCCACCAUGCGCACCUACGAGGAUUCAGAUGGCAAGAAACAGAGCUCAUUGAGUCUGGUCCAGACGAAAGUGGAAGUUUUGAAAAGACCGCAGCCUAAGGAGGAGGAGAUCGCGCCCGAAGCCGCCAAUGCUUAA